UCACAAAGGCUCCUUUGAGAGACUUUUAAAACCAACGUAACCAAAACCAAUCAAGAAUCAUCCAUACUGCUGCUAUAUCUUUGUAAACACUUAUAAUGGCUUCAUUACAGGUUUCAAGAUUAGUUCUUUCGUCUUCUUCUUCUUCUUGUUCGAGACCUAAAGCUGCAGUCUCCAUACCAAAACUACCGACAUUUAACGUGGUUCCGAAAAUACCGGUAAAGAAACAGACUUUAUCGGUUAAUGAACCGAGCUUUGAGUUUGUGGAAAGUCUUCCUCUUUCGUUGAAACAGAGGAGAGGCUCUGAUGCUAUCCAAAGGGCGCGUCUCACUGCGGUUCUUGAAGAAGUUAUGGAUAGGAUUGAGAUGCAUAAGAACAUUGGAGAUCAACGCAAUAAUUGGAACUCUCUAUUGCUCAAUUCUGUCAACAUGAUCACUCUUACAGCCGUUUUGAUGGCCGGGAUGGCCUCGGUUAAUGCUCACGGUGUAGAUUCUGUGACCGCUGUGAAGAUAGCUUCAACGGUGUUGUUGACAUCUGCUACGGGUUUCGCUGCCUUGAUGAGCAAGAUUCAACCGUCACAGCUUACUGAAGAACAGAGGAACGCGACGAGGCUGUUCAAGAGGUUGAGAGUCGAAAUCGAAAUGUUUCUAAGAGAGAACGAGAAGAUUACGGAAGAAGAUGUGAAGGAAGCGAUAAAGAGAGUGUUGUCACUAGAUAAAGCUUACCCUCUUCCUCUGAUCGGAACAAUGCUCGAGAAGUUUCCGGAAGAGUUUAAACCGGCGAGUUGGUGGCCUGAAAAUAAACGUAAAAGCCCUAAAACCGGUCUUGCGAAUGGAUGGAGUCAAGAGCUCGAGGCGGAGAUGAGAGAAGUUGCUCAUGUGGUGAAGAACAGAGACGCAGAAGAGUAUGAGAGAUUAGGUAACGUGGCGUUGAAGCUAAACCGGUUCUUGGCUAUCUCUGGACCAGUUUUAACCGGAGUUUCGGCAGUGAGCUCUGUUUUUAUCGGUCAAGAUUCCGGAUUAGCUGGAAUCGUGGCGAUGACAUGUGCUUCUUUGGCUGCGGUUGUCAACACUUUGGAGCAUGGUGGUCAAGUGGGAAUGGUGUUUGAAAUGUAUAGAAACUCAGCUGGAUUUUUCUCUCUGUUAGAAGAAACGAUGAAUUCGACAGAGAAGAAAGAGAACGGACAAGUGUACGAGACAAGAGUAGCGGUGAAGCUAGGGAGAAGCUUAUCCGAACUGAGAGAUCUCUCGAAGAGAUCGAACCUUUCUCAAGUUAAGGCCAAUGAAUUCGCAAGCAAGCUUUUCUAGUUUUCUGUUAU